AUGAAGUCAUUAGGACUCUGGCUGCUGUUGGCAGCGAUACUGGUGGUUAUAGCUACUGAAGCAGACGCCGGCACAACCAAAACAAAGGUCAAGGUCAAGGUCAAAUUUACAAGGACAACAAAAAAGCGAAAUGGGCGUUCUAUUGAGGACACGGUGACACUCCCCUGCGACGUCAGAGAAUAUGACAUCAAUGAAGAUGGAAUGAUAAGCAGAUAUGAAUGGGAGGCCUACAUGUCAGAAUUCAACCCUGUGUUGAACUCUGAUACAUACGUGAAUCUUCUUACUCAACAACUCGAUACCAAUGGAGAUGGCGUUCUCCAGAUCGACGAGUUUUCGUUGGAUACAGAAUACAAAAAGGAUUGCCUCCAAAAUAAUGAGAUCGCCGCGGAAAACUCAGUAUAUGUGUGUUGUUCCACAAUGCCCAUGUUCGCAAGUCUGUCAUUGCCACGAAUGCCAUGA